AUGUCACUGAACAACUGGACCGCUGUUAUACAUCCGGACGCCAAGCUCAGUACGGAAGAUCUAGAGCAGGCCUAUGAACGUGAAGCAGAAAUCUUAGGCUCGAGUCUCGGCGACGGGGCGGUCACUCGCAAAGAAAUCAUACCUGAUAUUAACACCCUCGCUGAUAUUGCGGUCUUGUGCGAAACUUUGGACUGGUUGAGCGCUAACAUCAGAAGUCUGCCAUCCAUGCUCGGUGGUCCAGGAGGAUUGAACAAGCUUCCUGAAAAGUUCUUAAGCGAUAUCUCUGCUCACGUCAAGCAGUUAGACGAAAUGUCACAUAAAUGCUUGCUGUUCUUACAUUUAGAGCUCCGCAUCGAGUGCUUCCACUACCUGGGCCAGGAGGAGCGCAGCGAGGACGCGGGCGCGGCGGACGAGGCGGGCGCGGGCGGCGCGGCGCAGCUGGCGCAGGCGCUGCUGGGCUUCCACGAGCUGGCGGCGGGCGUGCUGGCGCCGCGCCGCCUGGGCUACGUGCUGGGCGGGCUGGGCGCCAUGAUGUCGGCGGGCGUGGUGUGGCGCUGGCAGGGCGCGGCGGGCGGCGCGGGCGCGGGCGCGGCGCGGCUGGCCACGUCGCGGCUGGCCACGCUGCGCCACUGCCUGGCCGCGCUGGGCCUGCCGCACUCCGGCCUGCACCGCGCGCACGCAUACCUGCACCUGCUCGGCUGCUCGCCCAACGAAAUAAUAACAUCAGUUCGCGAGAAAGGCGCUCAGUUCACUGAACUAGAAUACCUAAAUGCAUUCAAAGUGAUCGAGACUCGCCGCGGCAUUUCUCCCGCUGAUAUGAAGAUGCACCUCAAACAACUUUCUGCUGCAUUAGGACAUGUUGGUGUUACUGUAUAG